ACAUACUGAGCUGUGUCUCCAACCUAGAAAGUAGUUUCAGUCAGACCACGCUCCGUCUUAGCAGUUUACUACUCUAUAGAGAGGAAGUUUUACAAAAAUUCACCUCAAUGGGCAUAGGGGAUUAUGUUUGCAUCACAAUUGAUGGUGGCCCACCCUGGGGAUUCAGACUGCAAGGUGGCAAAGAGCACAAGGAACCACUACAGGUUUCAAAGGUGCGGAAAAAGAGUAAAGCCUGCAAAUCUGGAUUGUGUGAAGGAGAUGAACUCAUUUCAAUCAACAGUGAGCCUUGUUCAGAAUUAACUCAUUCGGAAGCCAUGCAGCUGAUCGAUGGGACCAGUGAUACUCUGCAAAUUCUCGUUAAAAGAUCCAUCAAUGAGAAAGCUGAUCAGCCAGAGGGCACAGUAAAUGAAGAAACAAAAAGCAGAGAAACAGUAGAAACUACACUACAAAUCAUUAGCAGCCAACCAACGUGCAAGCAGGGCCUUCCUUUUGAACUCUACAUCACUGAGUCGCAGGAUGAGGCUUACUAUGGAGAAACAGAAAGUGACACAGACGUUUCGGGGAAGAAAGAAGAAAAAGUGAAACAGAGUAGCUCGAGGUUGUGUUUGAAAGAAUGUGCCGGCUCUGGAGAAUUACUGCUGCAAGAUACGGGCCGUACAGAGCAGAGAGGAACUCAACAGUCAGCCAUGGUGGAAUUCCAAUUGUCCCUUACUCAAGGUAAGCUUGGUGGCCCGGAGACAGCCUCUGUCACUGUGACUGGGAUGGAUAAAAUCAAUUCUGCAUCCAUGGAUCAAACUGUGCUGCAAAAGAGUAUCAAGAAUACUAAAUCAGAAGCAUCAGAGACGGAUGGAAAUGCAGCAGUCCAGAGAGCCUCUGCUACCACGCCACUCCAGAGCAAAACUGAUAAAAAGGUCAAGCUGGUUGAUAGCGAGCUGCAAGGGGAUUCCUAUCAGUCCAGGGUGGAGCUGUUUCUGGAUUCGUCUGACAGAGAGCACAGUGGAAGGGAGGCCUCUACGUCUGAAGUUGGCAGUGGCUGUGCUGACUCCCAGGCUGAAGAGGGACGGUCAAAAACCCAUAGCACGCCUCCUUUCCCCACUGGAAUUUCAUCAGAGGGGACAGAGCACGGAUCAGAGACACACUCUGGAAAGGAUUUGGCAAGAACCCACAAACACCGAGCAAGGCAAGCCAAAAUUCGUCGGAGUGAAAGCCUGUCAGAAAAACAGGUUAAAGAAGCUAAGUCAAAGUGUAAAAGCAUUGCCUUGCUCUUGACAGCAACUCCAACUCCCAGCUCCAAGGGGGUGUUAAUGUUUAAGAAGCGUCGCCAGAGGGCAAAGAAGUACACUUUAGUCAGCUACGGCACUGGGGAGUUUGAUCCUGACGACGAUCAAGAGGACUCCAUAGAAUUCACUUUGGUACCAACCAGUGACUCUGAUCUUGACGAAGACUUUUGUGCUGAUGUCAACUCAGCCCAGGUUGUGACAUUUGAUUGGGACACAGGUCUAGUGGAAGUUGAGAAGAAAGAGAAGAGUGAGGAGGAAAUGCAGAGGUUGCCAGAUACCAAGGGCAAAGGUGCUUUACUGUUUGCCAAGAGGAGGCAGAGGAUUGAUCAGUACACAGCUGAGCAAGAAGAAAUGAGAAGAGCAGGAGCAUCUGAAGCUGCCUCUGCUCAAUCUGUAAAAGCAGAACAUUAUUACCCAACCAGUAAAAGCAGUUUUAACUCAUCAAUCACAAUUCAAAAUCAUACCACUGAAAAUUAUAUUGAUGUAAGUAAGUUACGUGGAAUUGAAAAUAUUAAAGGAGUCAGGGGGAGAUCCGAAAUGGCUCCCCAGAAUUUGAAAGCCUCUGAAGAUAACAGAGCAGGGACAACAAACAGAACAGCUACUCCAUUCCCUGGUGUGUCCAACCGAGUUGCAGCUCCUUUCUCUCCCACGAGGAAGGUGACAAGCUCCCUGUCAGAUUUACCUCCCCCACCCACAUAUUCUUCCAUCAGCCCACCAUCCGCUGACAACAUCUAUAGCGUUGCUUCUCCUCCUUUGGCCACCAAUGCUCAACCAGCCAUAUGGUCUCCAACAGGUAUUGCAGGCGAGCAAAUAGCAUCAAGAGAUGAGAGAAUCUGUGUGCCUGCAAUAAGAACAGGAAUUCUACAAGAUGCAAGAAAACGGAACACCACAAAGCCAAUGUUCACAUUCAUUGACCGCCCUAAGGUAGCUCCAAAUCCAGAACUGCUUUCCAUGGUGAAAGGUAAGACAGACAGACGCAGAGGAAUAGAUCAGCCUGGUGGAGGUUUUGAGUCAGGACCUGAAGAAGAUUAUCUUAGUUUAGGUGCAGAAGCCUCAAAUUUUUUACAGACCCCUGCUGUAAAGCAGAAGACACCUCCUCCAGUUGCACCAAAGCCAUCUGUUAAGAGCCCUCCCUCUGGGACAACCCUAGUGUUACCUCCGUUAUCAUCUGCAGAAGUAACCCAUGUUCAAGCUCCAGUCAAACCUUCUGAAAGUACUAAUCAGAUGCCAGUAAAGUCACAUUCAGUUCAACCUGUUAAUACAUGGCACCAGCCCCAAGGUGCUGCUAACCAGUUUACAUCUUCUGCAAGAUCCCGAUCAGUAACAUCGACACAUUCACAUGCUUCGAAAACACCUCCCACAACUCCCAUAGCAAAUUCUGCACCAGCUGGUGGUAUGGGUCCAGCCUAUGAAAUGCCAGCUUUGAAAGGUAAAGGAGCACAGUUGUUUGCAAGAAGGCAGUCUCGAAUGGAGAAAUUCAUAGUAGACUCAUCAACAGUCAAGGCCAGACAAGCACGAGCUUCAUCCCCUACCCCUUCUUUGCCAGCAUCUUGGAAGUAUUCAUCUAAUAUAAGAGCACCUCCCCCUUUGGCUUACAAUCCCAUCCACUCUCCAUCUUAUCCUCCUGGUAUUUUGAAAGCACAAGCACAAUCUGCAUCUUCAUCUAAGCCAAAUAAAGGUGCUAAAGGUAAAUCUACCAAAAAACCUCUCAAUGCUCUGGAUGUCAUGAAGCACCAGCCAUAUCAAAUUAGUGCAUCUUUGUUCACUUUUUCUUCCACUCCUGAUGCUAAGGCACCUCUCUCCACAAGCUCACCACCUUCUAUGCAGUCUGUAAAGUGUGAUCCUGUUCCACUUCAACCAAUUAAUGCUACUUAUCCUGUUUCUAAGAGUGUCUCAUCUGUGCCAACAGGACCAUCUCAUUACCAAGCUAGUACAGCUUCUGCUGAUGAAGAGUAUACCCAUUCUUCUGGGAAGAAUGCCUUUGUGCAUCCAAGUUACACAUCAUACCCAAAGCAAGAAUCCUCAGCUCUCUCAGUUGCUAUGGCACCAAGACCCAAGUUUUCAGCAAGGAAAACUGGAGUUACAGCACAGAUGCAGGCAAGAGAUUUCAGACCUAUAAAAGCACCAGAAAACCUGCUGUCAUAUGGGCUUUCUGGACCACAAGCAAUGCGGCGGCCAGCUACCAAUACAUCAGAAAAAUUAACACCGCUGUCAGAUAAAACCUCAUUGAAAAAACUGACUCCAUGGGAUGCUGCAUCACAAUCUGCUGUUGGUUCAGUGGAGGAUGCGUUUUCCAAGAGAAAUAUCCAGUCGUCAAUAGCAAAGAAUAUUGUUUCAGCAGCACGUCGAAAAACAUUACCUGAACCUCCAGAGGAAUGGAAAGCUCGAGUGGCAUAUGUUCCCCCACUUCCAAGCAGUUACUCUUCUAUGGCCACUUUCAAUGUCAGAAGACCCUCUAGCAUAACAUCCUCCCUUAAAUCUUCAUCCACUCCAGUACCUAGCAUUCAUGGCAGUUCAAUGUACCAACAACCAUUAAGUUACCAGCACUCUCUAACUGACUCUGACAUGUCCACUGGGAGGUACUCUGAUUAUGAAACUUCAGGAAAGCAGGUAGCUGGUUCAAAUUAUAACCCUUAUCCACGAGGCUGGAAAAAACAAAGAUGAAAUGGAUGUUUUCUCAUGAUGAAGAUUACAGCAUGACUUGUAGUUACAGGGAGAGCGAACUCAAAAUUAAAACACAGAAUAAGUUGAGAAAAGUGAUGUGAAAUAUUGUUAGACAGAAGAAAGGCAUUUUCUGGUGGAUAUUACUUUUAGUAUUAGUUUCCAUUGUGAUCAGCAGCAAAUAAAGUAUUUUAGUGCAUGCAUUUUGGCAAGUUGUCCAUACAUAUUGUUGCACAAUAUUCAUGAAGAAUGUUGUACUAAACACAAGGUAUUUGCAUAAAAAGAGCAUGUGAUCAAUUAAUCAGUGUGCUGCAACAUUAACUUCAUGAUAUUAUUUUAUUUAAGUAAACUUACUGCCAGUGGUCUGACAGACAAAAAAAAAGGAACUUCUUAUAAGAAUGGAACAAGUUUAAACAGUUCUAAAUAAGAGUGCCUAUUAAAUUAUACAAUCCUGAGCCCACAUUGCAAAAUUCAUAGGAUUAGGGAAUUAUUUAGCCACCACAGUGUAUACAUACAUCUUGGCAAAGUCCAACAGAUUUGAAGGAUUGAAAUUAUACAGUAAGAUACAGAAACCUGCUGCAGAUAGAAGCCAAUGGACAUCAAAAUUUGGGAUAGUUUUCAUGAUUUGGAACACUAACUAACAAGAUGUGCUUUCACAUGCAAAAUUGUUGGUCUACUGUUUCCAUCCCUUGUGUGUAGACCUUUAUCCAUUGCAAAAAUAGAAAGGAAAACAAGUGAUCCUUUGCCCUCUCAGACAGGCAGUGUGAUGUGAUAAGAAAGCAAUGCGCAACAGUAUUUUUUUAGUCUUGGGAAAUACACACAAUUAUAUAGACAUAUUAUGGAUGUAGCAAUUUGUAAAUCAUAACAGUGUUUGAGGACUUUUCUGGAGAAUGGGUAAACAGAGCAGCAUGCCAAUUAAGUGGUAUAAAUACAUGAGAUUUAUUCCACUAGGCAAACAGAAAUGUUCAUUUUGUCUGUUUUAUAUAUACAGUAAAUCAAUCAUUAGACUCAUGUUUGUUAAAAUAAGCUUAGUAUGUUGGACACAAGCUACAUCAUCAUGGUAUUGACUAUGAAAAAUACAAAUAAAAAUUAUAUUUACAACUUUCUGCUAUCAAAACUAGUCAGCUACAAUAUACUAUACAGAAGUAUUUUUAUAGGAAAGUCCUAUGGCAAUACUUAUGUUUGACUACAAGAAAACAUUUCAUCUUAAGUCCUACAAACAUGCAUUUUUCUUUAACUUCAGUUAACUCUAUUUUUGAAACAGAACUAGAGAUGAACAGAUGAAUCCGAUAGGACUUUUGCAAAUUGUACACAAUGUAUAUUGUUAGGAGGUCUGAGAAUUAUGUGGGAAGCAUUUACAGUACUUAGAUUUAGAACAGCUUUGGAAGUGAAUGAUCAGCAUGUGCAAUGUGGUUUGAGAUGGGAGGUGAGAGCUAAGGAGCAUUGGAGAAGUAUUUUGUUAGUAUGUAGUAAAAGUGAUUGAUUCAGUGUUAUGAAAAUUAAAUCAAACAUUGCUUAAGGUUAUGCAAAUCAAAAAUAUACCAUCGAGCUAUUAACCUGCAGUAAAAGAAAAAUCCAUGCAUCACUCUGCUUUAUGAGAAGUCAAACACAUUCUAGUACACUUAAUCAACUGAUGUCUCUAUUUUCAAAUAAUGACAAACAUACUGAGUAUUUGUGGUAUUCUCUGCUUUUAUUUAACAUAAAAAUAAAUUACUUCAUUCAGUUAAAAGACCAAUUAAUGUGUCUUACCCUGUAGUAUAUUGCUUUUGUUUUGGGCUUAAAAAAUUAACAUUCAUCUUCCUUGCUUAAUGUCUUAGAACAUUAUGUAAUGUAAGGUACUUCAAGAUUAAGAUGUUUCAAAAAAUGUUAAAAAUAACUCAAGACAAUACAAAAAUGAAUUAUUUGGCCAGUACUUGAAUUGAUAGCAAUGAUCUAUAUUCUUCCUUUCAUUGAAAACAAUGGAAACAAUGACAUGCACUUGAAAUUUAUACAAUCACGACCUUCACACAGUGUUCUAUCCUGUCACAUUUGCUUUGUUUUCAGCACAAUGCCGAGUCAUACAAACAUUGUUAGUGCAAAGACACAAUCCAUCAGAUAAAUAAGAAAAACAUGAAUAGUUUCUGGUGUCUUUAUAAUGACUGUAUUUUGUGCACUUAUUUUGUUAUCCUUAUGUUACCCAUAGCAUAGCUUUAAUUCAAGUUGUAUUAUAAAGCUUAUAUUAUUGCAUAAGGGAGAACUAUAUGCCUCAGAACUAGUUACACACUGAAUUAUUAUACAUGGCAUGUCACAUUUUUUAAAGGCAAGUGGGCAUAUUUUUUGUCUUUUUAUUGCAAUAUUUGUCAAUUAUUAUGCUCAUUCAAAAAGUGGCACAAAAUGUUCUAGAGCAUUUAUGUGAUUUGCACAAUUGACUUACAAAACCCUGUUCUACUACAGAAGUGCUUCAAAAUAAAAUUUCUUGUUGCCA